CUAUGAAAUGUGUUUGCAUGUUCUUCUCCGCGAGCAGGGAUGUAGAGGUGGGAUAGCAAGAAUCGAAAGGUUGGAGCCCACACGCUCGCCUCCGAGAAACAGGCACGGACACGGACCGCUUGGACAGUGGGUUCCCUCCCCUCCGCUCCGAUCUGCUUUGCUUUCAGUUCCCCAGCGGAAAGAUGCGGACGAGGGCGGAGCUUUAGAGCGCCGGUCGAGGGCUGCGGGGGCUUCCAUUGGCUGAUUCUUCAUAGGAGGAGGAGUCGCUCUCACCCGGCCCGUGAACGGACUUCCGCGCGCGUGUGCGCCCCGGAUCAUGUCUGGCGGGCGUCCGGAGGGAGGCCAAGCCGCGGAGGCCCUGGACGGGAGCGGCUGCGCGGACGACGGCCGCCCGCCCGCCACAGAGCGGCGCAACCGCAGCGGCAUCAUCAGCGAGCCGCUCAGCAAGAGCCUGAAGAAGUCGCGGGCGCUGCAGCAAUACACCGCCAGCUGCUCCGCCACCGCCAACGGACCCUCGCAGAACGGCGUCGGGGCCGCGGAGAGCAAGGGCGACUCCGCCCCGACGCCGCACCGGCAGGCGGCAGCAGCGGCGGCGGCGGCAGCGGCGGCGGCAGCAGCAGCAGCAGCAGCGGCUCUCGCCCGGCAGGAGCGGGCCUCUGAGCCGGGCCCCGAGGGACAGAACGGGCUCCACUUCGCCCAGGCGGCCGAGCUGCUGAAGCGGGCGGGCAUGCUGCUGCCGGGCGACCAGGGGGUGGCGGCGGGCGACCUGGAGGGCGUGUCGGCCGCCGACCCCGUCGGCAGCCCCGCGGACUUCCCCUACCUGGGGGGCUUCCCCUUCAACCCGGGCCUGUUCAUCAUGACGCCGGCCGGGGUGUUCCUGGCCGACAGCGCCCUGCACAUGGCUGGCCUGGCGGAGUACCCCAUGCAGAAUGAGCUGGCCUCCGCCAUCAGCUCCGGCAAGAAGAAGCGGAAACGUUGCGGCAUGUGCCCGCCCUGCCGCCGGCGCAUAAACUGCGAGCAGUGCAGCAGCUGCCGAAACCGCAAAACCGGACACCAGAUCUGUAAAUUCCGCAAGUGCGAGGAGCUUAAAAAGAAGCCGUCCGCGGCUCUCGAGAAGGUGAUGUUGCCGGCAGGAGCCGCCUUCCGAUGGUUCCAGUAGGACUCCGCCCCCGUUCCCCCCCUCCCAAAGUUCUGUCAUCAAAGUGCAAUGCCCCCGCUGGCUUGGAUUAUCUCUGGCACGGAUUUUCCAGCUGUAACAAAACAAAACAAAACAAAACAAAAAAAUAUACAUGGCAAAUAAUAAUGGAUGCACCUACUUUUUUCCUGAACCAAAAAUAAACAUUGCGAAGUCUAUGGCAACUCUCAUUCCUUUUUUCUAUGUUCCAUUUUGGUACCUUUCGUCCUUUUUUCAAAGGCCUUUGGUCACUUUCACACGGAACUGUUCAAUUGCCAAACAGCAAAGUCAGACUGAGAGUGGACAAUCAACAGAUCUCUGUGUUUGGUGUUUAUGUUGUUCAUGUGUGGAAAGAUAAAGUACUUGUGUAGAGAAUGUAAAUUUUACGGCUAUAUUUUAAAAUCUAGUGACUAAUGACAAGCACUAUUGUAAUUUAGCACCAUUGUUCUUACUUACCACCUCCUGUAUUUUGAUUGGUUCAUUUUUUUAUUUUUGUUUUAUUUUUUGGUUGUUUUUUUGUUUUGUCAUAAAUCUAUAGUUUUGCAAUUGCUCAAUGUUUGUUAUUAAAAUAUGAAAAAAAGAAAAAAAAACAACUUUUAAGAUGUAGCAUCCCAUUUUCUGAAUGAAAGCUUUUUUUUUUUGUUGUUGUUGUUGGAGGGCACUACAGUGCCUCGCCCCUUCCUCACGUCCCCUUUGAAUGACAUCAUUCACCAGAGCCAGAGCUGGAAGCUCCUAACAAAUUGUUUCCUUCUCAGCUGUUUUUUUUCUGCAUUUUUAUGUUUGAAACGGGCAGCCCAGUGCUCCUGAUUCCCUGGAGUGAGCUUUGGUUCAGGUGGGGGUCGGUUUAGGCCCAGAGGACAAGGUACCGGUCCAAUCCAAGCUAUAGCACUGACAGAAAUUCAUUUUUCAUGAUGCUACCAGAUCUACAUCUUUAAAAAAAAAAACCACAGUGAUGUUUGUAUUCAUUUAGA